UUUCUAGAAUGCAAACCCUCAUUUUGCAAUUUCUGCUAAUUUGUGCAAAUGUUGGAUUAAACCCUACUACUACUCGUUACUCAGCACUGAAGACUGAAGAGUGCUUCAACAUCAAGCAUUCCAAUGGAUUCCAAUUCCCACAUCAUUGCUUGGGGCUCUGGAGAAGACGGUCAAUUAGGAAUCGGCAACAACGAGGAGAAGGAGUGGGUCUGCGUCGUCAAAGCCCUCGACCACCAACGAGUCCGCUCCGUCGUCGCCGGCAGCAGAAACUCCCUCGCCAUCUGCGACGACGGCAAGUUGUUCACAUGGGGUUGGAACCAAAGGGGAACACUUGGACACCCUCCUGAGACCAAGACCGAGAACAUUCCUAGCCAGGUCAAGGCACUCGCCAAUGUUAAAAUUGUUCAGGCUGCUAUUGGUGGAUGGCACUGUUUGGCUGUUGAUGAUCAAGGCAGAGCUUAUGCAUGGGGUGGAAAUGAAUAUGGACAGUGUGGUGAAGAACCUGAGCGCAAGGAUGACACUGGUAGACCUUUGAGGAGAGAUAUAGUGAUCCCCCAACGUUGUGCUCAUAAGCUUGUUGUUCGCCAGGUUGCUGCAGGAGGAACUCACUCAGUGGUACUUACACGUGAAGGUCAUGUUUGGACAUGGGGUCAACCAUGGCCUCCUGGUGACAUAAAACAGAUCUCAGUCCCUGUUCGGGUACAAGGUCUAGAAAAUGUGAGGCACAUUGCGGUCGGGGCAUUUCAUAAUCUAGCUCUUCAAGAGGAUGGAACUUUAUGGGCAUGGGGUAAUAAUGAAUAUGGACAACUUGGAACUGGAGAUACCCAGCCAAGGUCACAACCUAUUCCUGUCCAGGGGCUUUCUGGACUUAAUCUGGUAGAUAUUGCAGCUGGUGGAUGGCAUUCUACUGCAUUGACAGAUGAGGGAGAGGUAUAUGGCUGGGGAAGGGGGGAACAUGGCAGGCUUGGAUUUGGUGAUAGUGACAAGAGCAGUAAAAUGCUACCCCAGAAGGUUCAACUUUUAGCCGGGGAAGAUAUAAUUCAGAAGUUUCUUGGUUUUGGUCAGGUGUCCUGUGGAGGUACUCAUUCGGUUGCAUUAACUCGGGAUGGACGCAUAUUUUCGUUUGGUAGAGGUGACCACGGCCGCCUUGGAUAUGGGAGGAAAGUUACUACCGGUCAGCCAAUGGAGGUACCUAUCAACAUCCCUCCUCCUCAUAGUUCCAAUGACAAUGUGACUGAGGGACAAUGGAUUGCGAAACUCGUUGCUUGUGGUGGCCGCCAUACUUUGGCAAUAGUGGAUUGGGAAGUAGAUGAAUCUAGAGACUGAUUUAUAAAUAAAAUGGAAAAAAGGUUAGGCUACUGGCUGAUUUGGAAUUCAGGCUUUGGUUUUCAUACACACACAAUGAACAAAUGGGAAGUCUUGGCAUAAGCUAAUUGAACUAAGUUUGGCACCCUAUGCAAUCGCUGUUUCCUCACUCUAAUGCUGCAAAUAAAAUGUUUCAAGGCUUAAGUAC